GCAACCACAGGUUUACCACCGGCUGCAGGCGAUUAAGGCCGAGAUCACGGCAGGUCCCUAUGGAGUGGCCGGCUGGCAAGCUGAAGAAGAGGUGGAGGAAGAUUUGAUGGACAAGAUGGUGGUGGAAGCCGAUUGUAUCCCUGGGGGUAUCGAUGGUGAGGCACCGGACCGCAAGCAAGUCUUAGAUCGACGAGAGAUUCAGGGCGUCCUCGAUUUUGGGCAGAAGAUCAAGACGGAAGGGAACGAGGCCUUCCUGAACGAGAAUUGGGAAGGAGCUCUUACCAGGUACUGCCAAGGAGACGAAAUGCUGAAGAACUUUGCCGCCGAGCCCCAUCUCGACAAGGAAAACAAGGCGCGACGCGACGAAAACGGACCCGUGGUUGAUCCCCUGGGGGGCUGA